GCCCUUAACUCAGAUGAAGUCGGAUGACGACGUGUUUUCGAUGCUGCUGAGCUUUAUCUGUAUUUUACAGGUUAGUAGUUGGUAAAACAAUUACUAAUGUCAACUUACUAAAGCCUAGCUUUAUCCUAGAUAGAUCCAAGUGUUAUAAAUAUAUUUUGACAUCGUUUUGGGCCUUUCCGUCGCACACAGUUCAGGCCAACAAGUGGGCAGCCGCUGCACCUUGAUGUUUGGGUUUCUUUUACCUGAGUAAAGUCUGGCAGGAGUGCACCACAAUGGUUCGACGUGUGGCAGUGGUUGGAGCAGGUAGUUCUGGGCUGGCCUGUAUCAAGAUCUGUGUUGAUGAAGGUCUGGAGCCUGUUUGCUUUGAAAGUAGCGAUGACAUUGGUGGCCUGUGGAAAUUUAAGGAGUCACCAGAGCCAGAGAGAUCCAGCAUCUAUCGCUCCUUGGUGGUCAACACCUCCAAAGAGAUGAUGUGCUUCAGUGAUUUUCCAAUGCCCGCUGAUUAUCCAAACUACUUCCACAACUCCCAGCUGCUGCAGUAUUUCAGGCUCUAUGCUGAGCACUUUGACCUGUUCAAAUACAUCAAUUUCCAGACCACAGUAAAGAGUGUCACACAAAGGCCAGAUUUCUCUCUGUCCGGUCAGUGGGACAUAAUGACCAUUAACAGGGAAGGAAAGGAAGAGAGACACGUCUUUGAUGCAGUUCUGGUCUGUUCAGGCCACUACACCCGUCCGGUCCUACCACUGUCAGACUUUCCAGGACAUGAGACGUUUUCUGGCAAGUGUUUUCACAGCUGGGAAUAUAAAGAUGCAGAUGCCUUCAGAGAAAAGAGGGUGGUGGUGGUUGGCAUUGGCAAUUCUGGUGGAGAUAUUGCAGUAGAGACUAGUAGAUCUGCAAAGAAGACAUUUCUCAGCACACGCGAGGGGGUCUGGGUGAUCAGCAGGAUGUCCAGUAAUGGUCUUCCCCUGGACAUGACAGCUAUCACCAGGCUCAACAACAUCCUCACACUGCUUCUUCCCAGUACUCUGGUGAACUGGGCAACAGAGAGAGCACUGAACCAAAAAUACGACCACAGACUGUACGGCCUGAAGCCCAGACACAGAUUUUUGGACAAAAGGCCUUUGAUCAAUAAUGAUCUUCCUGGUCAAAUCCUUCAGGGAGCGCUCGUAAUGAAACCCAAUGUGAAAGGCUUCAAAGACUCUGGAGUUGUAUUUGAAGAUGGCACAGUGGAGGAAAACAUUGAUGCUGUCGUCUUCUGUACAGGUUAUAAAGUAAGCUUCCCAUUUCUGCCUCCAGCUCUAUCAGAGGGGCCUCACGGAGACAUGACAUUAUACAAGAGACUGUUUCCUCCUUCUCUAGUACAACCAACACUGGCCGUCAUGGGUCUUUUUCAAACAAAAGGACCAAUCAUGCCCAUUGUGGAAAUGCAGGCGCGGUGGGCUGUGAAGGUCUUUGCCGGUCUGAGCCGUCUUCCAUCCAAGGAGAAGAUGCUGGCAGUCAUUGAGUCUGAGACGAAGAGAAACAUGAAAAGCUACCCCUGCCACCGACAGGCUGCUCUCCAGGUAGAUUACAUCCCAUACCUGGAUUUUAUGGCCAAUGAGGUAGGGGUUCGACCAAGUUUCGUGACACUGCUCCUGAGAGAUCCUGUGCUCUGGGUGAAAGUCUUCCUCGGUCCCUGCACUCCAUAUCAGUAUCGUCUCACUGGGCCUGGACAGUGGGCCGGAGCCCGUCAGGCUAUCCUCACUCAGUGGGAGCGGGUGGCUCAGCCUUUCAGAACCAGAGUGGUACCAGAACCAGAGAGCAGGCCGUCUUCCUUCUGUUCUCCCUGGCUGCUCAUAUUUGGAGGAACUGUGAUAACGGCUGUGCUUCUGUCUAAAAAUGAGGUUGUUCCAGUGCUGCAGGGUGCAGCUCAGAUUCUGGACAGGUGCAAGAUCUUCCUAAAGGACUCCUGGUUCACUGGUUAAUGUCAAUAACAUCAUGGAAAUGGGGCCAAGUUUGUAUAAUAGGAUCCAAAAUCCAACAAGUUGCACUGUGAUGUAAAAUAUAAAAAUAUACACGGAUUAUAGAUCCACCUUCAAUAUGCAAAAGAUGCAGUCAAAGAACAGGUCUGAGAAUUCACGAAGUCAUGUACUGUAUUUUCACCUGUCUUCUGAUUUGGUUUACAAAUGCUGUUUAUGUAAUAAUAUGAGAUCAUAAACUUGUGAAAGUAGUUUGUACUCUUCAGCUGUGUCAGUUUCAAAGGUCAGAGCAACCUGCACACUACCAUACAGUGUGUAGAAAACCCAAAAUUCAGGCUUACUGAUGUAGGAAAAACAUUUAUUCACAGUAUGUGUCCAAGAAAUAUAUUUUUUUGCACACAGUGGUAAACAGUCCUCUUCAGGUUCAUGGUUUAGACGGACAGAUAAAGUUCAAGAUGUGCUUAUAUAUGGUACAUUUUUAGUGUGUAAACCUAUGUGGAUGUAAGGGACUGUAUAUUGGGGAGAAGAGUGACGGGUAGUAGUCUGUAGGUCACAGACUCCAGGAUAUCAUUGGCUGAAGAGGAUUUAUAACAAAAUCAUGUAAUUAUAUUAUUUAAGUUUAUGUAAUUAUUUUUUUCUGUCCAUUUAACUUGUGGAAUUGUCAAAUACAGUUGACUACAGUUAUUAAAAACAUUGAUCUGAUGUGGAUUAAAGUACAUUUAAAUUACAGUUUACUUAUUUAAGUUUUUGUAAAAGAAUUACACUAAUUUGUGGUUAUAUGAUAAAAUUGAUAUCACUCGCCUGUCUGUACACACAAAAUGUAGCUGUUGCCAGCAACUGAUCAGCUCAGCUUAGCAUUAAGACAGGAAAUGGGGAAACAGCUAGCCUGGCUCUGCGCAAAGGUACAAAAUCCACAGAAAGCUCACCAAUUAACAUGUUAUAUUUUGUUUGUUUAACCCAUACACAAACCGAAGAGUGAAGUUGCAGUUGUUUGGCAACCAGGGUUGGGAGGGUUUCUUUAAGAAUGUAAUCUGAUACGGUUAAAAAAUGUAAUCAAUAACCUAAUCCAAGUAUCACAAUAUGAAUGUAAUGUAACUUGAUUACGUUUGGAUUACCUCAAGACCAAAUAUGCAAAUAAAGACAAGAGAAAAGAAAUAUCAGUAAGAUGUCGUGCAUUGUAUAAGACAACAGAAGAAUGUAACCUUAGAAAAUAAAAUGGAAACCAAGAUUUUUAGCCUCACAAA